CAGCAGGGCUGAUUGAGCAACUUCACAAACUCUUCAGAAAUUAUUAAAUCGGAACACUGAGGGUAAUGAUGGUGAUGCUGAGUAGUCUUCUGCUGCUUUUCAUGUUCUCCAUGGGGAAUGCUGCAGACUUGGAUGAGAAAUGCCCCUGUGGGUGGAGAAACUCUGGAUCUCGCUGCUUUAAGUUUUUCUCCACGUCUGUUAGUUGGGUCACAGCAGAGAAAAACUGUCAAAGUCUUAGUGCGAAUCUUGCUUCUGUGCAUAACAAAGUGGAAAAUGACUUCCUGCUGAGUCUGGCUGGUGAUUCCACACGUUGCUGGAUUGGGGGCUAUGAUGCUGAAGAUGCAGAAAAUUGGUUUUGGUCUGAUGGAUCUCCAUUUGGUUAUACCAACUGGUGUUCAGGAGAGCCUAACAACAAGAAUACAGAGCACUGCUUGGAGAUCAACUGGACAGCGAACCACUGCUGGAAUAAUACACCUUGUUCAAGUACACAAGGCUAUAUUUGUGCCAGAAAACUGUGAGUUGAUACCUGUGGUGUGCAGUCAUGAUUGGGAUAAAUUCAGAUUCUAUUCUCAUCAGCUCUGAACUGCUUCAAUAAAUUAAAUUGUUGUAA